GGUUAGCAUGAAAUAGAGAACUUCAAAUGAAUGACCAAUGUAUCUGGUUUUGAAAUUUUAAAAACGAAAUUUUUGUAACCUUGGAAUAGACCUUUUGCUUUGACCUGCUUGUUUUAUCAGCUUUGUGAAAGCAAUGGCAUUUCCAAGGCCAAGUAACGAUAUGUGCCAUUUAAAUUGGUUUUAAAUUUAAAAGAGUUCCAAGUGUCUGCCAGUCUUAUCAUUUAAUACUUUUAAAACAGAUCUUCUGAUUGCAAAAAUAGUAAAGGGUAUAUAACAACAGACUGAAUCAGGCUAUUGUGUGGUAAGGGAAAAUAAAUGAGGGAGUGCAAGAGUCACAGACUCUCCCCCAGUGGUCACCGCGGAGAUGGCUUGCGCCGAGGCUCGGUCCCCAGCCAACCAGGACAGGUUUAUUUGUAUACACCCUGCCUAUUUAAAUAACAAGAAGACCAUCGCGGAGGGCAGGCGAAUCCCCAUACGUAAGGCUGUUGAAAAUCCUACAGCUACAGAGAUUCAAGAUGUGUGCUCAGCAGUUGGACUUAAUGCAUUUCUUGAGAAAAACAAAAUGUACUCCAGAGAAUGGAAUCAUGAUGCUCAGUACAGGGGCAGAGUCCGGGUUCAACUCAAACAGGAAGAUGGCAGCCUCUGUCUUGUACCGUUCCCAUCACGGAAGGCAGUAAUGUUGUAUGCAGCGGAAAUGAUUCCUAACCUAAAAACAAGGACACAAAAAACAGGAGGUAGUGACCAAACUCUUCAGCAAGGAGAGGGAAGUGAAAAAGGGAAAGGAAAGAAGAAGAAGUGACCUGGCAAGACAACCAAGUCUGGCAUACUACUGUAAGAGACAUGGAUGGAGGUUUCUGAUUUGUAUCUGAGAGAAACGGAAGCUUUCUGUUUGUAUCAUUUAACUGAACUGUGAACAUCUGUGCCUCCCAGCUCUCGCAUGAGGGUUGACAAUGAAAUAAAUUUACAUCAGAAGUUUGCAUCUAGCUCUUAUGCAGUAUUUAAGAAAU